GAAAGUUCAGGACUGUGUUUGGAGUGUGUGUAAAAAAUUCCUCCCCUGAGGGCACGGUUUUUAACGGAUUCCCAACAGAGGGCGAUGCUGUUUUGUUGUUUGAGGGAACACACACUUAACUACAGCAGAAAGGCGGUUCCUGUACUCAGAGGACCAGGGUGUGGACAGUCAGGGCUAGUUAGUGACCGACACACUGUGCUUUCUCGUUCAGCCAGAGCUGCCACUUCAACAGGUAGCGCUGCAUCACACCCCUUUCCCAGGGCACUCCUGGUAGGGGACAAAGGAUUCCACUAGCCAGAGGAGAAAGAAGGAACCAGAAUGGACGACAUCUUCACCCAGUGCAGAGAGGGUAACGCUGUAGCUGUCCGCCUGUGGCUGGACAACACAGAGAACGACCUUAACCAGGGAGAUGAUCAUGGAUUCAGUCCACUGCACUGGGCGUGUCGGGAGGGACGCUCCAAUGUGGUGGACAUGCUCAUUAUGCGAGGUGCCCGCAUCAACGUGAUGAACCGCGGAGACGACACGCCACUCCACCUGGCUGCUAGCCAUGGACACCGUGACAUUCUGGGCAAGCUAAUCCAGUGCAAAGCAGACACCAAUUCAUCUAACGAACACGGCAACACCCCGCUCCACUACGCCUGCUUCUGGGGCCAUGACUUGGUUGCUGAGGACCUUGUCAAUAAUGGUGCUCAGGUGAGCAUCUGUAACAAAUAUGGAGAAACACCAAUGGACAAAGCUAAGCCACACCUGCGUGACAACCUGAAAGAAAUGGCUGAGAAGCAAGGACAGAAUCUGACCAAAGUUCCCUUUAAGGACACCUUCUGGAAGGGCACAACUCGAACACGUCCACGCAAUGGCACACUAAACAAACAUGCCGGUGUAGACUACAAGCAGCUCUCAUUUAUGGCCAAGAUAAAUGAAAAUCACUCAGGAGAGCUGUGGAAGGGACGCUGGCAAGGGACGGAAAUUGUAGUGAAGGUGUUCCAUGUUCGGGAUUGGACCACCAGAAAGAGUCGUGACUUUAAUGAGGAAUACCCCAAGCUGAGAAUCUUCUCCCAUCCCAAUGUGUUGCCCAUGUUGGGGGCAUGUCAGUCACCCCCUGCUCCCCACCCAGUCAUCAUCACACACUGGAUGCCAUAUGGCUCCCUUUACAACGUGCUCCAUGAGGGCACCAACUUUGUGGUGGACCAGAUGCAGGCGGUGAAGUUUGCACUGGAUAUUGCAUGCGGGAUGGCCUUCCUUCACACACUGGAGCCCAUGAUUCCACGUCACUAUCUCAACAGCAAGAGUGUCAUGAUAGAUGAGGACAUGACAGCCAGGAUAAGCAUGGCAGAUGUGAAGUUCUCCUUCCAGUGUCCUGGCAGGAUGUAUUCUCCAGCAUGGAUGGCCCCUGAAGCUCUGCAGAAGAAGCCAGAAGAAAUUAACAGGCGUUCUGCAGACAUGUGGAGCUUUGCUGUGCUGCUCUGGGAACUAGUCACCAGAGAGGUACCGUUUGCUGAUCUCUCCAACAUGGAGAUUGGCAUGAAGGUGGCACUAGAGGGUCUGCGUCCCACCAUCCCACCUGGCAUCUCGCCCCACAUCUGCAAGCUUAUGAGAAUCUGCAUGAAUGAAGAUCCUGCUAAAAGACCCAAAUUUGACAUGAUCGUGCCCAUCCUGGAGAAGAUGCAAGACAAAUAAAAAGCCCUGGCUGUCCUCUCUACUACUCCCCUGCGCAUCAACAACCUCCUCACCCACUUCAUAUGCUGAUUGCACCAGUAUUGCCUUAAACCCGCCAUUCACCAAAGUGCUCUGUGUCACUGUAUACUUUGCAAUGAAAGCACGUUUGUACUUUGUACGUCUUGGACUGUUUAGUGUUAUCCUUGCAAUCUCUUGUACUGUUCCUUGUGAUACACAAUCAGUGGAUGAUAGUGUAUGUCUACUCUCUGUAAGGGGUUUAUGGAGAAAGAUAUGGAAUUAUUUAAAUGCCUCUUAAUAGCCAUAUGUGUGUUAAGGAUGAGGAGCAUGUGACACAGUGAAUGUACUGUAACAACUAAAAUGUACCAUCUAACCACUAGACCCUUCAUUUCAUUGUUAAUCAUCACUGUCUUUCCCGGGGGCCAUAUUUUAGCAUUAUUAACCGUGCUUGUGAAGUCUUUCUUUAAAUGGUCAUUUUUAAACCUUGUGAUAUAUGUUUCUUAACGUUUGUGGCAAUGGGAGUUUUCCUGUACCGACUCCCUGCUAAAGAAUUAUACAUAUGCAAUGAAUAGUAUUUGAUCAAAAUCCCAGCCAUAGCCAUAUUUCCAACUUUUAGCAGUCAUUCAUUAACUUUAAUGUUUGUGCGUGUGCAAGAAGUGUUUCCUUUCUUAUCUUUUGCCUUACCAUGCAACUAGUUACCAAAUAGUGAAAUGCCCAAAGCAUCAACGCAGACGUCAUUAAUCUACGACUGCAGUUAUUCUAAUGCUAUAGUUUUCUGUUUCAUUUUCAGUCAGGUCAGGAGGAAAACUACAAAUGCAUGACUUUUCUCUAUUUCAUUAAUUAACAUUAAUUAAUAUCUUCAUAUUUCUGUUACCUAAUCUUCACUGUUCGUGUUGUGUGCUAAAAUGUAAGGUUCUAAACAUUUUUAUACUGUCUGUAUACAUAUAUGUAUGUUUUUAUCAUGGGGAGAUGCACCUGCCUACCCAUGAGUGCUUUGUUAUGAACUUCUGUCAACACUACAUCUAUACACUAGCUCUUUCUCUUUCUGCUUUCACUGUCUGACGUGAGCUUCUCAGUGUUUAAUAAGAGCCAGGGAGAAAAUGAUCAUAAAUGUCCCGUAGAAUAUUUAAUCCAAUACGAUAUGUUGGAUCAGGAACCGAUAUUUUCUGUUCCACUCUUAAGUAAACCACAGUUGUAGAGGAAGGCAUUUUUGUCCUUUAAAUUAUCUCACCAAUUAUUAUUUUUUUUGUUUCUUGCUGAUAUUUUGAAUACAAUUUUGUGGCCUUUUUUUUUUUAAUCUUUUUUUGGGAAUUUUAUUUUUCAUGUAAACAGGAGUUUACAAACCGAACAGAAGAACAAGUACAAAUAAAGUGUUUUGCCCUUGCUUAA